CACCUUCCUUCUCGCCUCCAGCCUCGUCGCCGUCCCGCUCCAGCCCAGUACGCACGCUUCUCCGUCACGCUACCCGCACUCCAGCCUCCAGUACCCUGCGCCGCUCUGCGCCCGUCGUUCCGGCCCUCGCUUGCCGCACCCGCCCCUAACGAUCCCCGCAUCCUCCCCGGCGCGCCCACCUCCACCAAGCGCCGCAGAGAGCCGCUCGCUCGCUGCCGUCCCAGCUCAUACGCCGCCCGCUUCACACCUCUUUCCCAUCAGCGGCACUGCUCGCCUCUCGCGGCCCAGCUCGCAGCGCGCCGCCGCCGGCGGAGCCGAGCCGAGCCUGCCCCGCGCCGCAGCGACUACGGCGCACUCGUGCUGUGCCAGGACCUGCAGCUGGCCGCGUGAGCGGCGAUGAGUGCGCGCUCCAGCUCAGCGGCCUCGUUCGUUGCUCUGGCGCCCGCUGAAGGACCCCUGUCGUCCGGCUUGUCCACUUCGGCCUCCAGCUCGGGCUCCGGCUCUGGCGCAGCUCCGGCUGCGCCUGCGGCCUUCUGGGGCGCCGUACAUGCGCUGCUGCAUCCGCUCCCUCCGCGCCGCCGCACAACCAAUGCCGACGGCAGCGAUGCAGAGUCCUUGUCGAGGGCUCAACGGGCGGACCCCGAAGAGGCCAUCGGGCAGGACCAGGUGCGCGCCAGUGUCUCGCGCGUCUUGAAGCUCGCCGAUGGCGGCUUUGCUCGCCACCUCUCUACGCCGCAGGAGCAGGAGCAGCUCGUCGCGCGCUUCUUUGAUUCGCCGCUCUUUGUGCAGCACCACGCCUUCACUGCCGACUUGCUCGUCGACAUCGCUCGACAUGCAAAGACGCUGCCCACGCUCCUGCUCAGCUACGAGAUUCUGCUGCAGUACGGCGCACACGAUGCGCGUGUCUUUCGCGCACUGCAGUCGCGCGCCGCACACAUGCUCCCUCGCCUGGUGCACCAGGUCUGGGCUGCACAUUAUGCCGGCCAGGCACAGCGCCGGCUCGAGGCUGCCGGCGCCAGUGCUGCUGCCAGCGGCGACGUCGGCAUGCAGAUUGCGCUGAGGGAAAAGGCUGUACGCCUGGCGUACGAGGUGUGCCGGGUGCAGCGGCUAGACGUGGCAGACAUGCGUGCGUGUGACGUCAAGUUCAUCGACCAUCUCUUCGACUUGGUGGAAGAGACUCGGCACAACGCAGACGAGGCGUUCAACUACCAGCUGAUCAAGCUCAUCGUCGCGCUGAACGAGCAGUUCAUGGUUUCCGGGCUGGCCGCCGCCUCGGGCGCCCCUCUGAGCACGGGGCGCACGUCGCCGACAAGCAUGCGGCCGACGAAUUUGGUCAUGCAAGUGCUGCAGGCGCGCCUCAACGAGAGCAAGACAUUUGGCGAGAAUCUCAUCUUCAUGCUCAACCGCGCAUCGAGCUCCGACGCCGAGGAUCUGUGCAUGCAGCUGCUCGUCCUCAAGCUGCUGUACCUCCUCUUCACGACCAAGGAGACGGCGCACUACUUCUACACAAACGACCUCAAAGUGCUCGUCGACAUCUUUGUGCGCGAGCUCUCGGACUUGCCGGACGAGUCAGAAUCGCUGCGCCACACGUAUCUUCGUGUGCUGCAUCCCCUUCUGACCAGCACGCAGCUGCUCACGCAUCCCUACAAGCGCAGCGAGGUGCGGCGUCUUUUGCUCGGGCUGCUUUCGCACGCCCAUCUGCGCGACAUCAGCGCUACGACCCGGCGCCUCGUCGAGCGCUGCCUCAAGGCGGAGUGGUGCGUCGAGCUCGAUGCCUCGGCCACAUCUCCACUCGCCCAGUUGGCAGGCGCAGACGCGCCGCACAUGGCUGUCGCAUCGGUGCAGCCCAUCAUGGGCGGUCCGACGCACGAGAUUGUGGUCGAGACGCGCAUCGAGCGGGGCGAAGAGGUGAUUGCGUCGGAAGACUCCGCAAGCCGGAAGCGCGACGUGGAGAUUGCCUGUGCGCAGGAGGAUCCGCACGUGCCGCCUAUCGCCAGCAGCAGCGCUCUUGACGUGCUCGUCGAGCCCGCCGUGUCGCCAAUCGCGGAGGCACCGCCCGAGCUGGAAGCUGCUGCGGCUGCAGAGCCAGAGGCGAGCUCAGGCUCCCUGCGUCUGGACGUCCCCCGCACACGCGACAAGCGCGUCCACUCUCUCUCGAAUCUUCGCUCGCCGGACGCAUCUCGCGAUGACGAGGCAGCUGCCAGCUCUUCCGCGUCGGCUCGCGGUCAGGCUGGCGCCAGCACCACGCGGCGCGUCUUUUCGUCGCAUUCUAUGCCGCCCACACCGCCGCGCACGGCCAGUCCGGCGAGUCCCGAGGGCGUCGACGAUGCAGGUGAUGCGCCCUCGUCCAUGCAUUCGUCCUGGCACAGCCACAUGAUCGAUGUGCCUUCUUCCACUUCGCGCGGCCCGGGACCGCCACGCCCACCAAAGUCGCGCGCAGACAGCAGUGGUGCAAGCAGCACGACGGCCUCGUUCGGCGCCUCAUCGCCGGGCCAGUCGGUCUUUCUUGCGCACCAACUCGACGCGUUGCCCAGGUUCGGCUCGCCUUUGGCCCACGAGGCGACAGAGGCAUACGCCUCGCUCUGGCCUGCAGGGCUGGGUAGCGAAGAUGUCGGCAUGAGUAUGCAGCGCUCCCGUUCAAGCGAUGGCUCCGCGCCACGCCAAACGCGGUCAGACAUUCUGCCGUCUCCCGCACUCAAGCUUCACGUUCGUGCGGCCUCUGACGUCGAUGAAGGCGCUCAGGAUGAGGACAUUACGCCCACGGCCAGUGCUCUGCGCGCCGGACGCGGCAACGGCAGCGGAGCCAAUGGCGCACAGCAGAGGCGACGCCCGCCCGCUCCGCCCGCUUGGGAUGUCUCCUCCAUCCCUGCUGCUGGAUUCGUGGCCACCCGGCGCAGCAGCAGCGGCGGGAGGAGCGGGAGUGCCGGCGUCUCUGGUCUGCCAAGUAGCGGAGGCCCUGGCAGCCCAGCUCUGGUGGCGCUGCGCGCUGCAAGCGCCGAGGAAGCGACGCGCGCCGGCCGGCGCGAAAUGCUGCAGAGCCCUUCGGAUGCUGCCGUAGCGCAUGCGCUGCUGCCGUCUGCGGACGACGAGUUCGAUGGUCGCGCCAGCCCCGCUCCAUCGUAUGGCUCCGGCACAGCCUCGCCGAAUCCGUCGUCGCGGCGCCGUGCUCCGCCGCCGCCACCAGGCAGCAGUAGUGCUGCACCCGCACUCAUCGCCCCGCUCGCCACGCCGCGCCGGCCGCCGCCUGUCAACCGCGCCACCAAGAGCCUGCGAUCGGCGCUCACAGGGCGCGAGGCCGAGCGUAGCGCCGCGCCGUCGCCGGAGCUGGGACAAGAAGCAUCCGUCGAGCAGCAGCUCGCGGAGCUGCGCCUUGGCUAGCUCUCGGCGCCCUCCAACCCGUCUCGGCGCCGUCCGUAGCCUCGCCCUCACGCUACGCUUCAUCACGCAUCACUCGCCUUCACUGCAUCAAUGAGCAUGGCUUCCUAUAGUAGCGCCAUCUCCGUGUCGUCUCCAUCCGCCUCCUGCUCCUGUGGCCGCUCGCCGCGUUGCCCUUCGGUCUCGAGGUGCUCGUGUGUACUCUCGACGUGGCGCGCCUCCUCUGUCUCGUCCGCCAGCAGUGCAAGAAGCGCUUCCCGCGCGGUCGCGGCAUCCGCGCGCAUCAACUGCUCCGCCCAAAAGUCGCCCACACGC